AUGAAUAGCCACACCUAUGAACGUCCCGAAGCCCUUCUCUCCAAGGAUGAGACGAAUGGUAUCACAGCUCAACUUCCGUUUCGGAAGAGACUUCCCAGACACUUGAAUACACAAGCCUUCAAACAAAAUUAUUGUGAGAUGAAUGUCCAAUCAAACUCAAUGACAGUUCUGAGAGAACGAGUUCCUUCAUGUAACGAGAAUCAACCAAAACCUUCUUUUCUAUUGUAUCAACAACGUUUGAGAGCAUCGGAUCUAUCCAUCAAUAAUCCCAAAAAGAGAAAGAGCCUUGAAGGUUCAGAAGAUGAUGGAGUUGCAAUGAUCGGUGCAGGAGCAAGAGUACCUUCGAAUAUUACUCCAUCUUCCAAUCCCAUGAAAAAGUCCAAACGCUUGAGCAAGACGAGUUUUCCAAACAGCAACCUGCUCUCUUCUCAUCAUGAACAUUCUUUUCCAACUGUUUCUGCAGAUUCAUCUCGUUGUACAACAACAACCCUAACAGUGGACGAGCACAUUCAAAACACCAUGAUCGUUAUUGAUCAUGUAAGCAGUUGCAGGGAUUCCAAGACAAAACCAAUCCUCUCACCACCGCCCUUCAUGGCAAAUUUCUCAUGGAUGAACCAACCUUCCACUAAUGAUUCCAUUGAUCAUCCUCAAACGAGUGCAAUGAAAAACAUGAUUCUUAUCUCAAACCCGAAACCAAGCCACGUACCGAACUCAGCCUUCGAUCAGUGGAUGAUGAAUUUUUUAAUGUAUCUAUGCUCCAUCCAUGAGGAACCAUUCAAAAGGAAUUAG